AUGGUCAAGUGUAAAAACUGCGGCAGCUCCGAGUUCGAGCGCGACAUCUCCAACGCAAACAAUGAUCUGGUGUGUAAACAGUGUGGCACGGUCUCGGAGGACAACCCUAUUGUUUCCGAGGUGACCUUUGGCGAAUCGAGUUCUGGCGCGGCCGUUGUUCACGGAAGUUUCGUCGGCGCGGGCCAGUCGCACGCGUCCACAGCUCUGGAGUCCCGUGAAGCGACGUUGCAAAACGCUAAACGCAAGCUGCGUGCCGUCUCGCACGCGCUUCAUAUCCCAGAGUACGUGACGGACGCUGCGGGCCAGUGGUAUAAGCUGGCACUGGCCCAGAACUUCGUUCAGGGAAGAAGGUCUCAAAACGUGAUAGCCGCGUGUCUUUACGUCGCGUGCCGAAAGGAGAAAACGCACCAUAUGCUGAUCGAUUUCUCUUCGAGGCUGCAAGUCUCCGUAUACUCGAUCGGAGCCACUUUUCUGAAAAUGGUCAAGGCGCUCAAUAUCACCAAGCUUCCUUUGACGGACCCGUCUUUGUUUAUCCAGCAUUUCGCCGAAAAGCUAGAUCUCGGUAACCGGAAGAUAAAAGUCGUCAGGGAUGCCGUCAAACUCGCACAGCGUAUGUCCAAGGACUGGAUGUACGAGGGACGACGUCCCGCUGGUAUCGCAGGCGCGUGUCUACUGCUGGCGUGUCGUAUGAACAAUUUGCGACGUACCCACUCGGAAAUAGUCGCCGUGUCGCACGUCGCAGAGGAAACUUUGCAGCAGCGACUGAACGAGUUCAAAAAUACCAAGUCGGGACAGUUAUCUAUCAAGGCCUUCAGGGACCAUUCGGGCGAAUCGUCGGAAGCUCCGCUGGGAUCGGCCGCAGCAGGCGAAACAGCAAGCGAACCAACAGAUGCUCAUGCGGGGGCCGGGCCCCCAUCAUUUCAGCGGAACCGAUUGCGUGAAAAAAGGAAACAAAUGCAACAAUCCUCGCAAGAAAACGAGUUUGAAACCAGUGACGAAGCAUUAACUAAAAACCCGAUCCUGUCACAAGUCUUGGGUGAGCAAGAACUCUCGUCUCGGGAAGUGCUGUUCUACCUCAAACAAUUUUCUCAGCGUCGGAAACAAAGCGCGACCGGGACAGCAAGCUCGCCAGGUGCGAACGAAGAUACCACGGCCCGCGCUCUAGUCUCUGACUCCGAUCAUGCUCAGGAUGAGCAUCCAGGUUCAAUAGACGGAUAUUCCAUUGAAACAGACCCACACAGACCCCGCAAUUUGCACCUCCUGCCGACAACCGAGACUCUCCUUUCGAAGGUGUCUGACGACCCCGAGGACCUGCAAGACGUUGAUGACGAGGACCUGGAUGCGCAAUUACUCGACGAAGACGCAGCGCGUCUCAAGGAGCGCAUCUGGAUUGGUAUCAACGGCGAAUUUUUAUUAGAGCAAGAGAGCAAGCGGCUGAAACAAGAAGCAGACCUUGCCGCCGGCAACGCCGUCGCCAAGAGAAAACGGGGUGGACCGCGUAGCCGCAAACGGAAGCAUGAGGAUGGGCUCAACUCUGAGACUGUACUAGCCGAAAUUAAAGACGAUUCGGGUCUACAAAUGGCUCUCAAAUUGGCUGAAGAUUCUGGGGACUUGACUACAGCAGAAAACGUGAAAAACAUGAUCCAAAAAUCGAGUUUCUCCAAAAAGAUCAAUUACGAUGCCAUUGAUGGGUUGUUUGGAGGCUCCUGA